UUAUUAAAUAGAUGUUUUGAUGUAACAAUUGGUAUCAGCAAAAAUGCUUGCCCUGUCAAGCAUUUUCCUUCUCCUGGUUAUCGGUUUUUCUCGUGGAACCAACUAUGAUGUGAUUUUUACGGACUUCAAACCAUCAAGUAGUUUAUGUCACGCAGAACAAUCAAAUACGGAUCUCAAGCCAGAAGGCAGCCGUUCCAGGCGGCAAGCGAACGAGUCGUCAAUUGCGAAUGAUAGCUCAAUUGUAAAUGCUGUAGAGAAUAACAUCACCGCUACAAAAACUACUGUGCCUCCGCCGACCACUACGAAUUUGAAAUUCGAAACUCCAACAACACUAAAGCCAAUAACUACUCGGGCUCAAGUGACUACGAAGGUGCCUGUAGCCAAUGGAUCUACCGCUACUGCCUCUAAAAUUGCGCAAACACCCGGUAACAUAGAAAGCAUGACGACUAUUGGUGUUAUUCCCGCUUUUGAAAAUAGCACUAAUAAUUUAUCUGCACCCUAUGCGUUAACCCCUAGCCUGUCUUCCACUUCAACCACUCCUUUUCCCAGUAAAGCUUUUUCCCCUGCCGGCGAACCGUAUAGUUUAUAUACGAACUCAUCGCCAGAACCUAUCAGUAUCGUCAGUAUACUAGAUGUAACGACAUCGAGCGCCAAAUCUUCGACUGAAGCUGCUAGCCCCCGCAAUACCGAGCCAUCAUUUGUGACUUCGUCUGACAAGCCUGAUUUGAAUAGCAAGCAGAUUGAAGCUAUAACAGAUAAUAUAUCAGUUGCUUCCACCACCCCCGCUUCUAUUAUUUCUUCUAAUAACACCCCCAUUUCAUCCACUGACUCAAACUCACCUCCUGUCUCUCCUUUUGUGUCUACUUCUGUCCUAAAUGUUUCUUCCUCGCUUGACCGCUCCAGUAGUAAUACAAGCAUGCAUGAUGCACUUAGUAGCACUGUAGCCUAUAAUGAACCAAAUGAUAACUUACCUUCAGUUUCAUCUUUAGCACCGAUAAAUAAGAAUUCAACGUUGCCACCGACUACAAACGCUACUACACUUGCGCCAGCUACAGAGUUUACACCAUAUCAUUGCACUCUUAAUGGCAGUUCGCCUGAAAUCGACACAGUUGCGUGUGGUAAAAUUAAGCUAUGGGAAUACAUAUGUCGUAACAACUGUAACAAUUGUGACUCGUACGGCGGAACGUGUCUACCCUUUGAGAAUAAGUCAUCUGUGGAAUGGAAAUGCGUACGAUAUGAAGAUAUGCAACCAAUCACAAAAGAGGAUACACUUUGCAUGAAAUCUAAUCUCACAGCUAAAUGCGAUGCACCUGAAAUACCGAUUUUGGAGCUGGUACUGUCGAAUGUCGAAACAAAGUCGUUGAAUGUUACAUUGCGUAAAUCGGAGCCAAAAGACAUUGCAUCGUCGUACUGGAAAGUUGAUAGUAUGAGCUAUUGCAUCGAACUUGCAGAUAUUUCUCAGCAGAAGAAUUUGAAUCCAGAAUAUGCGAGGCUGUUGACGGAACCGAAUUUAGAAUGUAGCAACACUAGUGGAUUUUUUGAUCCGCUGCAGCCAGCAGUGUGUUACAUUGUUUCUCUAGAUGUGAUCUUCGUUUCUACUAUUAGCUUCAAGCAAGCCUACAGACAGGCGUACAGACUCAUUUGUACAAAACCUACAGCUCCAAGUGUUGUCCCAUCGCCUAGUAUUGAGGCUACUGCAAUGACAAUAACCCUAAACAAAGCGCAGAAAACUCUCGGACAGUCAAUGUGCUACUACGUUCUACUUAUUUCAAUGACGGCCACUGAAACCCUUGCAGACCUGGAAAUCAAGUAUAUCGACCAAACUUUGAACGAGUUCCUAAUAUCCGAAUCAAUGAAAGAUGCUCUCAAACUGAGACCUUAUCUUUUAAUGGCUAUAGAUGGGGAUAAAUUUAAUGGGGAUAAAGUUACCUAUAGUUUUAACACUGGAAAAGAGGAGCCGGAAUUGAGUUCAUGUGGUCCCUGUAAGGAUGCAAUGAACGCGCAAUUGUCGCCUGGAAACUAUCUGGCCUUAGUUGUGGCGGCGGUAAAUCAGCCAUCCGCGAAGAAUAAAGCCUGUAGUUACAAUGAGACACUCGCCCGGAAAAGUGACUACCUUCCACUCAGCUACGUCCUCCCAAAAGAGUCAGGCGGCAGUAUGUGGAUUCCCAUCACGAUUCUCACCACAAUCCUCAUCCUCUCCCUAAUCAUCCUCUCUCUUCUCUUCAUUACCAGAAAUCGAAGGUGUGAAGGAAUGCAAAUAUUUUCAAAACUCAGAUUCGGAGAAGAUGUGAACGAUUCAGCAUUUAUAGAGAACAACCCUUACAACAAUCAACUAAUGGGCCAGAACAACGGAAGUGUUAGCUCACGCAACAACCUCAAUGUAGCAAUGGUCCCUAUAAAUUCAAAUGGGUUUCAUGGAUUGUCAAACUCAAACAUCCCUCAAGUAGCUCAAAUGAAUAAUUACGCGCAAGUUGACCCCCAGAAAAGAAUGCAAGCUGACAAUGAUUUCAAAGUGGCGCUUAUUGAAGAGUAUGGUCCAGAGUAUUUAGAAGACAGAAGAAAAUGUGUGAUUCAAAUGUCGAAUGAAAACGCAAAGGAGUUUGUAGAAAGAAAGUGCACAACACCUCACUUUUACUACACGUUCUACAAGAGUAGAGGCCUUCCUUGUCCUGGACAACCUCUAGAACCGGAACCGAAGUACCAUGAAAUGACGCAGUGGGAUUUCGAGUUUGAAAGAAUAGCGCAUGACGGGUACAUGGAAGGGGAAAGUGCGCCUCCUCAGGUGCUAAAUGAUCCCUCGGUAGUCAAAAUCAACAAGUUCUCCGAUGUCUGCCCAUACGAGUUCAAUCGAGUCAAAUUGACACACGGCAUCAAAAAUAACCCAAACAAAGACAAAACCAACGGCAGCCUGAUCCAGUUUCCAGGACUGCACACGAAAUUCAUAGCCAUCCAGGGCCCCGAUCAGUCUUACUACAUCAACCAGUUCUGGCAGAUAGUUUAUGAGUACAACUGUGAUGUCCUAAUCAUGCUCGCAUCAUUCAAUGUGUCGAGUGGCAAGGAUGGUGUGCAGUACUGGCCCGACUUCGAUGACCACGAGGGGGCCACACAGGUGUAUGGCAACUACACAGUGACCAUGACAGAUAAGAGAUCCAUCUACUCCUACAUGGACCACAGGGUGUUCCAAGUUACAUUCACACCUGUGAACAACAACUACGAGUCUUCGUCGCAGUCCGAGAACAACACAGGUAAUGAAGAAGAUGAAAUUAAGCGUAGUCGCAACUCAAACAAUAGCCAAUCUGAUUCGAGCUCCACGAGCAGUGGCGCUGGUCAAGAUCAGAACAUGAGCGAACCGGGGGAGACGAAGAUAGUGCACCAUUUCCACUUCACAAUGUGGAACGACUACGGGAUCCCGACAGAUACAAGCAGCUUCUGGUCUUUCAUGGACACCGCCAUGGCAUACCACGAGAGUGUUCACGCUCCUGUGUUGGUCCACUGUCGAGCUGGAAUUGGCAGGACUGGCACGUUCAUUGCGGCCCACUACCUGCGAGAGAUGCUGGAGAGAGACCACAAGGUGGAUGUGCACAGGUUCGUCUGGCAACUCAGGGCCCAGAGGAAGAAAUUCGUCCAGAAAGUUUGUCAGUACCGGUUCAUCCACCAAGCUUUACUGGAACACAUUCUGUUCGCUCCGUGUAGGAUGCAACUUAAAACUCUGCAGAACAAUCAAUUCUCCCAAUCCAUCAAAACCACUGUCCUAAGACAGCUGCAGAAUGUUGAGUUUGUGGAGAAGUACAGAGAACACCACCUUGAGAAGGAGAAAGGGGAUUACAACGGGCGAGAAGAGACAUUUCCACGCGACUUCCAGAAAGUACCCUAUAAAUACAACUUCGUCCGAUUCCCCGCCGACAUCAUACACGAAGUGUACAGUUCAUACCUGAAUGCAUCUUGGAUCUGUGGAUACAACGACGAGUUGAAGAAGUUCAUAGUGACAGACCUCCCUUAUGAAGUGAAACACAAAACAUUUUGGUGGAUGGUCUUACAGCAUAAAGUAUCCUAUAUUGUGUAUAUUGGAGACUUACCAACAGAUGGCCAGAAGAAAGAAAAGCCAUACUGGCCCGAGGUUCAAGGUCAAUCUCUCAAAUUCGGAAGAAUUAAUGUCACUCUUCUGAGCAAGAAAGGUUUUAUGCCUAAUGAGCACGGAGAUGAUUUCUCAACUGAAGGCGAAGAUGAUGAAAGUAAUAUUUAUAUGAACAGUUCGUCGAAUGGCCUCGAAAGCGAAUGCAAAUCGGACGGAAAAUGUUCAUCCAGGUCAUCCGGCCCGUACUCGGCAAUAGUCAGACAGCUUGUGCUCACUGUUUCAGAUGACGACGAGAACUUGGCGCGGGGCGAGGAGUGGCAUAUAACCCACGUGCAGUACCUGCUACUAGAGGGAGCCACUGGUCCCCCCUCCAGCCCCGCCCACUUCGCACAUUUCGUGUCACUGGUGAGAAAUAACCUCGUGGGGGAUGUCCCCGAUACCAGCAUCCCGAAGUUCAAUCACAAAGGGGUGUGUAACUGCACGCUCAAACGAGGCAUGCGGGACUCGGCUUUCAAUCGAAGCAGUACAAACAGUGCAGGGCCAAAUGGGGAUGGCACUGACGCGCAUAAUACGUGUGACUGUGCUAAACCUCUCGUCGUCCAAUGCCUGACUGGUGGUUUGAGAAGUGCUCUUUUUUGUGCAAUAUGGAUGCUGGCGCAGGACUUGGAGCAGACAAGGAGCUGCAACGUGCCCUUCCUCAUCCACCGACUCCUCGAGCAGCGCUGCACCAUCUUCCCCUGCCGAUCUUCUGACAUCGCCUUAGUCUACGGAAAUGACUGCUUCAAAUUUGUGUACGACUGUCUGCGUGCUAUCGCAAGUGGCUCUCUUGACAACUACUCCAUUAUUUCACCCUCAGACUCCAGUGGGAUAUUCAGCUCACCACUUUCAAAUAACCCAAGUCUGCCGAGAACAAAAAAGCAGCAGGUAUCCCCUUUGAAUAACGGAAGUGGGCAGUCUUCAAGUCCGUUUGAGGGUAGCAGAGGCUCAACGCGGAGAGACAGCGGGCAAUUUUCGAAUGUCAAUGGAGGCGAUUCGGAUCGAGGCCAAGGCUCAUUGCGGCCUCACCACCCGAGUUCACCACGAGCACAACAGGACGCCAUCUCAUUCACGAAGAAUCUGGAGUCCCCCCUGCAGGAAAAACCAGGCCCAGAUUCGUCCUCAUCAAAUGAUGCUCAGAUGGCCUUUUCGACGUUCAAGCGGAACAAGAUGAGCUCGGAUUACGCAAAUGUAGACUCACAGUUAGAAUCAUCAAUAGUCUGACGACUGAAUAGAAAUUAUUACAUAAACUUUAUGUAACAUUAGAAUGCUUAGCUUGACUUUCAGCAUUUGGGAUAAAUAUCGGGACAUUUUAUACGUUCUUUUGUUUUGCUGGAUUAUUAUGUUGUUAACUUCAGGCCUUUCAGUUGAGUUCGGAGCACGUCUAGAAAGGCGUUCUAAAUUCCAUUCUAGAGCAGGAGAAAUGAUUGUUUGAAUUGCACAUUUUGAUAAAUUUUGUCGCUCUGUCUCCCAGCAUUGCGCUUAUUUUUUCAUUUUUUACAUCAAAGUUUAUAAUUUAUCUUUAUGAUUGCUAGCUAUAUUAUUUGAAAUGAAUUAAAUUUGACCUCGAGAGCUAAGCAAGUUGAGUAUGAUUUUAUAUUGUCGAAAAUGAUAUCGUGUUUGUAAAUUAUUGCUAGAUGCUUUUAAAUCUGAAUAUUUAUCUCGCAUGUUUAGCAUCACUCGCUAAAUUAGGUCUGCGCAACUUAUAGAUCAAAACAGAUUUGCUACCUUUUCUGAUUUUCAGUCAAAAUUAGCUGCGAGGCCUUUUCUAUCGAACACUUCUAGCGGUCAGUCAGAUUAGAUUCGAAUAUGGAUAUUUCGUUGCACAAAUUUGCAAUUCUUUAACGUUAAUAAAUGAUUUUAUGUCCA